AUGGUGAUAAAACCUCAACAUAUUCGGAAACCAGAAUUUAAUGAAAGAUCAUAUAUCUGUAGAAACGAUGGAAAAUUUUACAGUAAUUUCAAUAACUCAGCAAAGUAUAGUAAGAAUGUAACAACAUCUCAUUUGUCAAUUGCUUUAAGAUCUUUAAUUUUGAAAAAUAGUUGGUUCUGUCAUAAUUUUCUCAAAACACUGCAUACCAAUAGUAAACUACACAAUUAUCAUAAUUGGGUCGUUAGAUAUGUAAAGGAGAUUAAAUUUAAUGAUGUGGUAGAGUAUAAGAAAAUAGAUGUAUUUGAUGAGAAUUGCCUUGAAUAUAUGGAUAGUUUCGUAAUUAAAAUGAAUGUUGAAAAACCGCUAUGGAAAAUAAUUGUAUGGGAAGAAAAUAAUGGUGAACAGUUAAUUUCUGUACUUUUUGAUCAUUCUCAAUUUGAUGGUUUGUCAGGUGCACAAUUUCAGAAAGAUUUAACGAAAGAGUUGUCGUUAGUGAAAGAUGAUAAAAACGUGAUAGACAUCUUAUUUGAUUAUGAAAAAGAUUUUGAAUAUUUACCUCCCGAAAUUUGGCCAGCCACUGAAGUAUUGACUGAUUUAUAUGUUCCAACUUAUACAAAUAUGAUAAACCAUUAUUUAACAAAAUUCGUGCCAGGAUAUUCAUCAUUAUCAUCUUGGCUUUAUAAACGAGAUCCACCAUUAUAUGCAAAACCAACGUCACUUGAUAGGACGUUAAAAUCCAAAUACAAAUUAUUAAAAAUCAAUUCAGACCAAAUGACAAAAAUAUCAAAUUUUUGUAAAUCCAAUGGCAUAACAGUGACUGCUUAUUUAGACGUGCUUUUCCUUGAAUCGUUACAAGAAACAAUAUUCAAAUCACUUUACCCAAACAAGAAAUUCAGUACUAAUUCGUACGUAGCAAUCAAUGGAAGAAGAUAUUAUAAUGAUGAUAUAAAAAAUUUCAGAUAUGGAUCAAUGGUAUGCGGGAAUGACUUAUACUUACCACCAAUUAAAGAUCCUCUUCAAUCAAUGAAAGAUUUCAAUUACCAACUUAAUCAAGAUAUUAAAAACAAAACAUAUUUUAAAGUUAUAGGAAUGAUUCAAUUUAGACAACUUUGGGAUUUCUUAAAUGGUAGAAUUGGCAAAAUAGGUGUAACUCCAACAUUAACAAUAUCAAAUUUAGGUAUAGUUUCAGACUCCAAUGACGAAUAUAAAUUUAAAGAAAUGUAUUUUGGGGCAAAUGCAGGAUUAACAUUUGAUUUUGUUAUUGAUGUAACUACUUUAUCUAAUAAUGAGAUGACUAUUGUAUUGGCUCAUAUGCCUGAAUAUGAAUUGAUGUUGCAUGGUAGAUCUGCUAUUGAUAGAUUAUAUAAGUUGUAUUUGCAUAAACUCCUUGACGUAGAUACAAAUUAA